AUGGUGAAAGUGGUAGAACUAGUCAAGCCCGCCAAGACCCCUUUCCCUGCCCCCUUGGAAGAAGGCUUGCCCAGCGACAUCUAUUUCAAGUUCGAAGAGGAGGAGGAGGAGGAGGAACCGGGAGGCGUCCUUGCAGAAGAGCCAGCUGAAGAACAAGUGACCGUGGACCCUUUGAUGGGCUACACCAUCGAGGACGUUCGCUCGGUUCUGGGCCAACUCACCAACGAGCUCAUUGGCAACAUCCAGUCUGAGAUCUACGAGAAGCUCCAAAUGCAAGAAGACGCCUAUUCCACCAGAAUAGAGAAGCUGAAGAAAACCUGAAGCCAUCAGAGCAGCGGAGCAAAGGAAAAGCAUCUGAGAUUAAGGGAGAUUUUGCAAGGCCUCUUGAAGGCCAUCUGCUCAUCGCCCUGCAAGUCAACGGAAGAGAAGAAAGUUUUCAAUAGCAAGGAGCAGACCAUUUUUUCCCCUGCCCCAUUUUGUUAUUUGACUGAGUACAUUAAAGAAGUGUUGUUCAUUUGGGUCCUGAAAUACUACA